GUUUAGAUACUAUUUUGCAUAAAAUAUACUUGGAAUUAUUUUCAAAUUCAGACAUAAUUUAGGGAUUUAUUUAUUUAUUAAUUUGUUCACUUAACCCUAUUUUUUCACAAGUUUAAAAAAUUCUAGUUAUAGAAUUCCGAAAAACUCCCAAAUAUGGACCCAAAAAAACCAAAAAAAAAAAAAAAAAAAAAAAAAAGGGGAAAACUCCCAAAUAUGCAGAGAAGUCUGAAAUGUUGCGGUCCAUUUAGUGCCUGUCCGGAUGCGAAACGAGCGCGUGCGAGUCAAGAAGGAUUGUGGCGGCGUAAAUACCGACAAUGCUUGAUUUGAUCUCUUCACACUACGAAUUAAUUCGUGUUUUUUUCAGUGUUCGAAUCUCAAAACCAAAAGCAAUGGUGGUCUCCGGCGUGAUUUCCCGGCCUAUUCUGUGCUUCUCAUGCGGCGGAAUUGGUCCCCACUCUCACUCUCAUGCAAAAGGAAUAGGAUAGGCAGCAUUUGUAGCGCAACAAAUACUACCUGGACUUAUAUUUCAAUUGGAGGUCAUGGACUCAGGUUUUAGUCUUUGUUAUAACCCAUGUACAAGGGUGGAAUAGAGAGUGAGAGAGACAAAGGGUUGUGGACAUAGGCUAUACGCUGAACCACGUAAAUCUUUGUAUAUUGUGUGGUGCAUGAUUUAUUUUCUGUUGUUUUUUGAUUGUGUUCUUGGUUUAGCGGUGUUUGUCGUAACAAUUAUCUUGGUAAUUUAGUUGUGUGACCUCGAAAAGUUAUAUUAUGACUGUGACAUUGUGGCCCGAAUUUGGUGCCGGGGCUUAUGAUCUGACGACCCAUUGGAAGGAAAAAAAUUUACCCGUCUUUUGUUCAUGGGUCGUGGACCCUAAUUAGUCUCUUGUAGCCUGAUAUAUAAGGGCACUUAGGGUUUGGAGUGGUGUAAGAGAUAUACUUUGAAAUUUGUACAAAAACAAAGUGGGGUUGAAAACUUGUAAUUUCCGAUUUUACACAUAGUGAAAACUUUCGCCAGAUCUCAACCGUGGACGUAGGCUGUUGUCGAACCACGUAUAAAUCUUUAUGUGGUGUGUUUACUUUUCUGUCGUGAUUCUUGAUUUUAUCUUGGGUUCAUUACAUUAGUCAUAACAAUGACUAUAUUAGAAAUACACAUUUUAUAUAGUUCUAUUUAUUGGCUAAAUUUUUUAAUUUAUAUUUUUAAUCGAUUUAUUGAAGAAAACUCAGAGUGUCAUUAGCUCGUAUCCAGUAUGCCACAGUUGUUAUUUAUCAAGAAAUGGUUUCUUGGAAGAAUGGAGGAGAAAAUAUAACAGUGAAAGGUUGGUUAGUGUCUUGAAUGAUAUAUGAUAUCUGAAAUACCACGGAAGUAGACUCUACUCUUAUACUAGAAUCUCAUAGUCAAAGGGGAGAUUCCUCAAAAGUUGGAAUCCAUCAGAAGUAAACCUUUCUCAAUAUUUUGGGGAGUUUGAAGUUGGUGGGAUUUCUGAUAUCAGCUUGUUCUGAUUUUGAUCAACUCUUCCCUUCCUCCACUCUCUGGUAUAGGUCUACUCUGUUUAUUACAAAAUAUAUGGGGUGUUUGUGAUUUUAUUUUCUCACAAAAACUAGCAGUUCAUGUAGUGAUGUUGCCGAUUUUAGUGAACUCAGGCUCUUUGUUUCAAAUGAUUGCAAGUUGGAUUCUUUUCCUUUUCCUUUCUCACCCUUCUCUUAUUUGUCAUGAAAUAGUCUUGUGCCUUUUCUGUUUCCAGCAUGUCUUGAAAACGUUUAAUUUUCUACGAGUUCUUGUAGUUGUUUAGAUAUAUCAUGAUGGUUUUGUAUAGUGCCUAAAAAUAGAUGAAACACCACCUUUGCUCUAUGUGUUGCAUGUCUUCACUUGUUAUAAGGUUAAUCAAAUUGUGAGUCUUUCAUAAUAGAAUCCUUAUUUUCCACUUAUUAUUAUUAUUAUUAUUAUUUAAAGUGUUAUGCUUGUUUUUAUUUAACAAUUGAUCUCUCUUUGUUUUGCUUUGAAUGUCAAUGCUAGCCUCUCUUUUUGUAAAGAUUUCAGUUUUUCUGUGGUUGCUGGUUGCGUGGGAUUAAAGCAGUAGCCUGAAUUUUGAGGAUCAACAUGUAUAUAUAUAUAUAUAUUGGUAACUAUUGAGGAUCAAAAUUCCCCUCAUAAAGAAGCCAUCUCAGCAAAAACAUUCGUUCAUAGUUAACGACAUUGAAUUUCAGUUUGCUCUUGGUAAAUACUUAACAGCUUUCCACUAUUUUGCUUUUCUGGCCUAGUGAUAGGUUUCUGAUUCAAAAGUAUGUUCUUCUUUUGCAUCCGUGAUCCAAUUCACCAAGUUAGUGAUAGUUCACAGUUAGUAAAUUAAGUGCUGCAUUUGGGAAGAUGGCUGAGGAGAGCAAUUUGGGUGGAGAUGCGAACACAGAGCAAGCUGCAACAUCAACAAGCCAUUCACCAGUGAUGGAGAUUCAGAAAACAGCUGAAAAUUCUUGCAGCCAAGAUAAUUCGGAUAAUACCCGAAAGAAAAAUGAAGUCACUGAAACUGUUCCAUAUUUCAAACUGUUCUCCUUUGCUGACUCUACUGACCAUGUACUAAUGCUUGUGGGCACAAUCGCAGCGAUAGGGAAUGGAAUCUGCAUGCCCCUUAUGACUCUGUUGAUUGGAGAUGUAAUCAAUUCCUUUGGACUGAAUGUGAACUCAAAAAAUGUGGUCCAUGAAGUUUCUAAGGUAUCUGUUAGGUAUAUUUACUUGGCUCUGGGGUCUGGUUUUUCAGCAUUUUUCCAGUUGUUCUGCUGGAUGGUCACAGGGGAGAGGCAGGCUGCAAGAAUUAGAAGUUUAUACUUGAAAACUAUAUUGAGGCAAGAUAUUGCAUUUUUUGACACAGACGCUAAAACCGGAGAAAUUAUUGAAAGGAUGUCAGGUGACACUUUCCUUAUUCAAGAUGCCAUUGGUGAAAAGGUUGGAAAGUUUAUAGUGGUGGUAGCUUCAUUCUUUGGAGGGUUUGCAAUAGCUUUCAUCAAGGGUUGGCUUCUCACCCUCGUCAUGAUAUCUUUGAUUCCACCUCUUGUCAUCUCUGGUGCUGUCAUGGCCAUUGUUUUAGUGAAGCUAACAUCCCGUGGACAAACUGCUUAUUCACAAGCUGCAACUGUGGUAGAACAGACAAUUGGCUCAAUAAGAACGGUUGCAUCAUUUACGGGGGAGAGGCAAGCUAUAGCUAAUUACAACAAGUCUCUUACUCAAGCUUACAAAUCUAGUGUGCAAGAGGGCUUGGCUACCGGGUUGAGUGCUGGUGUAUUUAUGCUUGUAAUAUACUGCAGUUAUGCUUUGGCUGUAUGGUUUGGGUCAAAAAUGAUAUUAAAAAAAGAUUAUACAGGAGGAGAUGUACUGACUGUAGUCAUGGCUGUGGUGACUGGCUCCUUUGGUUUAGGACAGGCAUCUCCAUGCAUGAGUGCAUUUGCCGCUGGACGAGCUGCAGCAUUUAAAAUGUUUGAGACAAUCAAUAGGAAGUCAGAGAUCGAUCCUUAUGACACAAAUGGACUGAAAUUGGAUAAUAUUCGUGGUGAUAUUGAACUAAAAGAUGUUUAUUUUAGCUAUCCAGCAAGACCAGAUGAGCAAAUAUUUAAUGGAUUCUCUCUCUCAAUACCAAGUGGAACAACUUCAGCUUUGGUUGGACAAAGUGGAAGUGGGAAAUCAACAGUAAUAAGCUUGAUAGAGAGAUUUUAUGAUCCACAAGCUGGUGAAAUUCUUAUAGAUGGUAUUAAUCUUAAAGAGUUCCAGCUUUGGUGGAUUAGAGGAAAAAUUGGUCUAGUCAGCCAGGAACCUGUGUUGUUCACUACAAGCAUUAAAGAUAAUAUUGCAUAUGGGAAGGAUGGUGCCACCAUUGAAGAAAUUAAAGCUGCUACUGAGCUUGCCAAUGUUGCCAACUUCAUAGAUAAAUUGCCUCAGGGACUCGACACGAUGGUUGGUGAGCAUGGAACUCAGUUGUCUGGGGGCCAAAAGCAGAGAAUUGCAAUAGCUAGAGCAAUUUUGAAAGACCCUAGGAUUCUACUUCUGGAUGAAGCUACAAGUGCUCUUGAUGUAGAAUCUGAGAGGGUUGUGCAAGAGGCACUGGACAGGGUUAUGAUCAACAGAACUACCGUAAUUGUAGCCCAUCGGUUGAGUACAGUGAAGAAUGCAGAUAUGAUUGCUGUCAUUCAUCAAGGAAAAAUUGUUGAAAAAGGUUCACAUUCUGAACUACUCCAAGAUCCUGCAGGAGCAUACUGCCAGCUUAUACAAUUGCAAGAACAUAGCAAAGACUCAGAACAAAAUGCAGUAGAUGAUCCGGAUAUGCUAGAGAUCACCGCAGAUUCUGGAAGAUAUUCAAGUCAGAGGAUGUCCUUCAUAAGAUCCAUAAGCCAGGGAUCAUCUGGAAGUGGAAACAGUAGCCGUCACUCAUUCUCAGUUUCUUUACGUGUAACCACUGCAGUCAGUGCCCUGGAUACAGAUGGAGAACCCAAAACUCCAGUCUCAGCAACAUCACAAAAGGCCCCAGAAGUCCCACUGCGGCGAUUGGCUUAUCUGAACAAGCCAGAGAUCCCAGUGCUAUUACUUGGUUCAUUUGGUGCAGUGGUUGCUGGUCUAGUAUUGCCAAUUUUCGGGGUACUUCUUUCUAGAAUAAUCAAAACUUUCUAUGAGCCAGCUCAUGAGCUUCAGAAGGAUUCAAAAUUCUGGGCAUACAUGUUUCUUAUUCUUGGCAUGGCAGCUUUCUUCUCAAUCCCACUAAGAAUAUACUCUUUUGCUGUGGCGGGGUGUAAGUUAAUAAAACGGAUCAGAUUGAUGUGCUUUGAGAAAGUGGUUCACAUGGAUAUAAGUUGGUUCGAUGAAGCAGAUCACUCAAGUGGUGCAAUUGGAGCAAGGCUUUCUUCUGAUGCAACUUUCGUGCGAAGUUUGGUUGGAGACACACUUUCGUUGAUCAUUCAGAAUGUUGCAACAGCUACUGCUGGUUUGGUUAUUGCUUUUGCAGCAUGCUGGCAACUGGCUCUUAUAAUUCUUGUCAUGGUACCUCUAAUAGGACUAAAUGGAUAUCUUCACAUGAUGUUCAUGAAAGGAUUCAGUGCUGAUGCAAAGAAAAUGUACGAGGAAGCAAGUCAAAUUGCUAGUGAUGCUGUCGGGAGUAUUAGAACAGUUGCUUCUUUCUGUGCUGAAGAGAAGGUGAUGCAGCUGUAUCAAAAAAAAUGUGAAGGCCCUAUGAAUGCAGGAGUAAGUCAAGGCCUAAUUAGUGGUGGAGGUUUUGGAUUGUCCUUUUUUUUUCUAUUUUGUGUCUAUGCGACCAGUUUUUAUGCUGGAGCUCAGCUUGUUGAGGAUGGCAAGACAACAUUCGUUGAAGUUUUUCAGGUCUUCUUUGGUCUCAGCAUGUCAGCCGUUGCUAUUUCUCAAACAGCCCCCCUUGCUCCUGAUUUUAGUAAGGCCAAGACUGCUGUUGCUUCUAUCUUUGCGAUUCUUGACCAGAAAUCCAAAAUAGACGCAAGUUUCGACUCUGGAACAACACUAGAAAAUGUGAAGGGAGAUAUUAAAUUUCAUCAUGUCAUUUUCAAGUAUCCCACUAGACCUGACAUUCAAGUUUUCAGGGACUUCUGCUUGACCAUUCACUCUGGCAAGACUGUUGCUCUGGUUGGAGAAAGUGGGAGUGGGAAAUCUACAGUGAUUUCUUUGUUGCAAAGAUUUUAUGACCCUGAUUCAGGUCAAAUCACCCUAGAUGGUAUUGAAAUCCAAAAGCUAAAGCUGAAAUGGUUAAGGCAGCAGAUGGGAUUGGUAAGCCAGGAGCCAGUCUUGUUCAAUGACACAGUCCGAGCCAACAUAGCAUAUGGAAAGGAAGGAAAUGCAACAGAGGCAGAAAUCUUAGCUGCAGCAGAGUCAGCAAAUGCUCACCAGUUCAUUAGUGGUCUACAACAGGGCUAUGAUACAGCCGUAGGUGAGCGAGGGAUCCAACUGUCGGGUGGACAGAAGCAAAGGGUGGCAAUUGCACGGGCCGUGGUGAAGGAUCCAAAGAUACUACUACUAGAUGAGGCCACCAGUGCCCUCGAUGCUGAAUCCGAGAAAGUGGUUCAAGAUGCACUGGACCAAGUUAUGGUGGACAGAACCACGUUGGUGUUGGCUCACAGGCUAUCGACAAUUCAGGGUGCGGAUUUAAUUGCAGUGGUUAAAAAUGGAGUCAUUGCAGAGAAGGGAAAGCAUGAAACUCUGAUCAAUAUCAAGGAUGGUAUUUAUGCCUCCCUAGUAGCACUGCACAUUAGUGCUUCAUCAUCUUAGAGAGCUACUUGUGCUCUUUUUUCACCAUAUAUUUUUUAGAAAGAAGUAGAUGCUAUGGACUUGUUUGCUCUUUUGCUGCUCCUAGUCUAUGCUCCCUUUUAUGUACAGCAAGUUUUUUUUAGCUAAGUGCAAUGCAUAAGAUGGUUUCUUGCAGAUGAACAAAUAUUCCAUGCAUAGAAGAAAAGGCAAUUUCCAAUUUUACAUAGAUAAAUUUGAAUUGAUUAGUUGAUAGAUUAUUGUUCAAGUACAAUUCUCCUAAUCUCAAACAAUCAAUUAACUAGUUUGUGAGCAAAUAAUCUUAUUAAUCAUGAAAUAAAGCAAUCUACAAAGCUAUGAUAAAAGACCAUAGAUUUUACAUGGAAAACCUCAACAAUGGAAAACCACGGGUAUUAUCCAAACGCUAACAAUCCAUAAGAAAAUAGCAUAACUCUAGGUUAUAUACUAUUUGUUCAUAAGAACCAACUGAGCUAAUUUACCCAAUUUACCCCUGACCCAAAGUUACCCUGUUUUUAUCAUUACUCUACAGUGAAUAUUGCCAGUAAACUUGUAAUCUACUAAGUCUCCCAAGUCCCAUGUAGUAGAGUUGGUCAGUUGAGAGCUGGUGUAUUUGUAAUCCUGACUAUCCUCUUAGUUCUCUUAGUUGGCCUCCUUACUUACCUUCUCACUUGGUGGAAUAGACACUAAAUCAACAAUAAGAUUAUUAUUUUAGCCUGCAUUGUGCAUAUCUAAAUGAAUAUAUCUAUUUGUAUAUUUGUUAUUUCCAAAUAUGACAUCCAUUAAGUAACAAACCUUAAGUUGUCCAGACAAGGAUGUUGUUUUCACAGAAGAAGUUAUAGUUUCUGGUGAUGGGAUAAUUGCUACAUCACAACCUCGUACGGACAACAUUAGAAUUUUCAAUGGGAGUAGUUUAAUUGAAGGAUCUUCUGAGGCUGAGCUUUCAGCUAGAGGUAGUAUUAUUUUUCCGAAAAAAAGCUGUUACUAUCGUGAUGUGGGGACCAAUCAUAUUUUAUUCAGCUUAUAUGAUUCAUUACCCUUUCCUCUGAAUGCAAUUGAUGGUGUUAGCAUGGAAUAAUUAAAGAAACGUAGAAUGACGAAAAUGAUUUAUAGUUGGCUGUAUAUUAUUAUGCUUUUUUAAUUACUAUUGUGUUGUUCUUCAUUUGAUGAUGGAUCCAUCCAAUGUAUCAGAGAAAUAAUGAUUAUCAAAUCAAAUGAAAACAAGCCAAUGAAUAUUUUGAAGUUAGAUAUACGAACAUCUUGAGAAUAAAAAUAGAGAAAUCAGAUAAUGAUGAUACAUUAGAUAUUUCCUACCGUUAGUUUAAUAAAAAUGCUUGCAUAUUAUGUGUAUUGGAAUUUUGUGAAUUAGAGGAGUUAAGCAUCUGAAAUUAUCCAUUUGUUAUAACUUAUAAGGCCCUAUAAAUUAGAUCCAAAAGGAAAAUUGCGCAUUUGAUCCUUAGACCACUGAUAAAAUUUACCCACCAUGAAAGAUGUCUCACUUACUUACCAUAUCAGUUGUGGUGAAAUAAAAGGGGGAAAAGAAAAAGAAGAAGAAGAGAGAUUAAACGAACAAGGCUACUGUUCAAAAGUGUUAACUAAUCAUUGAUCAUCUUAAUUUUCACUGAUGUUCAGGGCUUAACUUUAUAGUUGCUAGGCUACAGUCCUUUAAUUGCAAAGGACAUGCAGAGGAAGUAAAAUACUUUUAAGUGAUGAAUUUGAUUUGUAUUUACGGUCAAAGAAUGAUCAGAUGCAGGGUUUUGGAGCAUAAUUCUCAGAAAUCUCAUGCAGGAACAUAUUCUAAAAAAAUAUCUUCUCUUUUUUUUUUU